AUGCUUUCGAAUAAGCCUAAUUUAUUUGAAUUAUCGAAAGCAUCCGGUUCAACAUUAACAAUGGAAAAUUUGAAUCCACUAGUUAAGUUGGUACAAUAUGCUGUUCGUGGUGAAAUUGUUACUCGAGCAGCAAAAAUUGAAAAAGAUCUUAAAGACAACAAGGUAUUUUUCGUCUGAUUGUUGUUCCUUAGACGAGCGUAGUAGAAUAUAGUUUGCCCUCUUCACAGACGGCAGAGAUAUGUGAGAAAUUAGGAUAUUAUCCACAUAAAAAAUGUUAAAAUCUUUUUUUAAAAGCAUGUGCUCUAAAAUCCACCACUACUCGUCUACUCUGACGAAUAUUAUUAUCCUGCUUAACAAAACACGUACCGUUCACCUGCAUGUAAAUUGGUUGGUUAACUGUUAUCUCUCUUUUUUAAGUAGAGAAUGUGAACAAAGAAAUAUAUGUAUACUAAAUACUGCAUGAUACUCGUCGUACAGUGGGGAAUUUUCAUUAGGCACGUGGACAUUAGGUUUUAGACAAGUUCACGAAACUCAGAACACUCUUUUUAUACGUUUUCUAAUGUGUUAUUUCCAAUGGCACCUUUUCAAAGCUCAAAACCCCGUCAAACCGGUUUUCUAGAAAUUCCUGGGUUUCCAGAGACCAAAACGGUUCAAAAAGUGCUUAUUUCCUUGAGGAAAUAAUUGUUCAUAGGUUUUCGAGUAUCCUGAUUUCAAAUCUAAUAGCAGAAACUGCUUUCAGAACGUUCCAGAAGGUUUUCCAGAGAGCUGAGUUUCUGGAAAACGCUUUUGUUCGGAAAAUACAAGAUAAUUUCUUUUAUAGGUUAUUUCACAUGCCGAUUACAAUAAGACUGAGUGAAAACUCGUCACUAUUCUGCUCAGUGCCCACCACCACCAUUGGCUCUUUUUUUGUUUCGUAUUAGCCAAGUCCAUAAGCUGUUGCACAUUCUAGAACGGCGAUUAGUUUUAGUGGUUUUUUUGAGAGUGUUGCGAACAUAAUUUUUCCCGUAGUUUAAUGUCUUUGCGGCCGGCAGUGCACGAAAAACGCUCUGAACACUCUGAAACGUUACUUUUUUAGAGCGUUUUUCGCGCACCACGACGGUCACAAAUUUUCUAUUCCAGUAGUAUUGGAAGAUACAACAUUCGAUGUAGUUUUUUGCGCUGAUUCCGAAUCUUACCUUAUUUUUCAAUAAAAAUGUUUCCGGAGUGGAAAAAAUGGAAACUAACUGGAAAAUCGAGGUUUUUUUCGAAAAUUUGCUGUCUAGUGUUGUUGAUGCUAAUUCGCGCUAACAGUAUCGAUGUAGUAUAUAUAGAUCAACAUUCUAUGAAAAUUUCAUUGAGUUUGAACUUUGGGAAAAUCUGGAAAACUCAUUAUACUGAGGACCGCUCUUCGGAAAACACUUAGCGGAGAAAGAAAAAGCAUUUUUCCAUACAGGAAAGGUUAAGAAAAAAAAUUCUUUUUAUAAAUCGGUAGUCUGAAAGUUCUAGUUUUAGAAUAUGUCCGAUUCAUAACUCAAUGUCUUCUGCUUUGUGCACGACAAGAUCGUUUUUUAUAGCACCAAGAUUUUCGGGCUAAAUUUUGAAAGUGUGUUAUCUCACUAACUGUGACACUUAGAAAAAAACUUCCAAUGGCAAAAAGAUAGUGCGUUUGCUGAAGUAUAUGAGUUCCUAGUGAAUGUACUCAAGUGUGAGUACUCAAAAAGUACUCUGCUAGAAAAACCGGACGAGUACUCAUACGUACUCAUACAUUUUUUUACUCACUGAGUACUCACCUGAGUAUUCACCGGAGUACUCAUGAGUGAGUAACAAGUACUCUGAGUACGACUUUGAGUACUCAUGCUUGGGUAUUGUUGAGUACUCAUACCACUUUCGGCAAAAUACUCAUGAGUAUUGUUCAUCUGAUAUUUUCAC